CUCGUGUUGUGGCAAUACUUACACCAAAAAUUUGACAAAAUGGAAACGAAUGUGACAUCAGUAAACGGUACAGUGGUGGACACACCAAAAAUUAGAUCCGUCUGGUACUUCACCUUUGAAUUUUUGAAACUAGUUUGUGCUUUAGCAUCAAUUAUCUCCAACUACGUAUUGAUAUACGCCAUCGUGAAACUGAGGAAGAAGGAUUUGCUCCACUUUUACGUACUUUUAUGGUGCAUUUUCACCAGUUUGUUCAUGGUGCUGUCGCCAAUCACCAACCUGGUGACCAAUAAAGAGCUGAUGUUUCCCAUUGAAGUGGACGGAGAAGUUUGGUGUCCCAUUUAUGAAUUGGAAUGGAGUAUUUUGAUCACAAGUUUCGUACUUAUGACGUUCGUAAGUAACGACUGGUUUAUAACAAACUUUUUCAAAGGAUUCCACGAGUACUGCAACCAAAAGGCGGUACUAGUUAAAAUCAUCAUCUGCGUUUUGAUCUGCAUCACCAUACUGUUCUCCCAGGUCUCGUGCCUCUCCGAAGACGACUUCGAACACAACAACUCACUAAUGUACAACAUCAUCACGAUGGUACUGAUAGUUGUCACCCAACAAUGUCUAAAACUUUAUUACAGUUACAGACACGGAAAGGAGUUGGACCAAGGCUUGGGGAUAUCGCUUCCCGCCAUUUUCGUGUUGAGUUGGUUGCCGUUUUUGCUCUACAUGCCGCUGCACAAGUACUCGGAAGUGGAAUACGCGGUACUCUGUUACCUUAACCUGUUGAGGUAUCUGAUUGCCGAUUGUAAUUCCAUCUUUAACGUAGUGUACUUGGCAAUAACAGAGCCGGACUACAGGAAGGCGAUGCAGGAAGCCAUUUGGUGCACGUACUGCAACUGUUUCUUGUGAUAAGAGUUGUUUGUAAAUAAAUUGUUUAAUUUAUUUUAUCUAUUAAGUGUGCAUUUAUGUUGAAAUCUAUUUUAUUUCUUUCAGAAACAAAUAAUAAUACAAUAAUAUAUAUCAUAA